CGAAGCCCGCCACAAGAACCAGAGAGCAUGGAGGGGUCGAGAUCGCGGAGCAGAGGCGGCGCCUGGUUCAGAGCAGAGAUCGAGAUAGACCGAGGCGUCGCCAUUCCCAGGGGCCCGGAGGCGGGGUUCGCCGCCGGCGUGCGAGAGCCGCUGGUGAAGCUGCAGCGCCCCAGGUUGGAGUGCGAGCGGUGGGAUUGGGAUUACUUCGCGUGGCCGCACGACCGUCCCGACGCCAAUCUGGAGAUGAGGGACAGUGAUCCAGAGGCGACAUUCGAGGCCGACCGGAAGGCGAACGACGACUUCCUGCACCGGAGCAUGCUGGAGCUGGACAAGCAUGAGAGUGAUCAGCGCAAGACGGAGCAGCAGGACAUGGAGCCGGAGGACGUAGAGAGGUUCGUGGCGUCCCUGCUUAACGUCGACGACGAGCCCACCGGAUGCUGUGGAUGUGGAGAACGGGCAAGGCAAUGCAUGAUCUGACUUCAUCUGGAGGCUGGAGCCAUGAAGUGUAGUGUAGGGUAGAAGAAACAGUAUACAACUAUCCUGAGGUUUUCUUCAGUUCAGAGCUGUGGGAGUAGCAAUUUUCGGUUCAGAACUGCUCGGGAACAGCUGCUCUUGUGUGCAGACACAUUCAUCUUCUAACUAUAGAUAGGAUGGUGAAUAACUUCACACUAGUACAUAACCAUUUUGUCACAUAGCUGUUCAGAAAUGCUCUUCUGAAUACUAACUGUACAGAUUUGUUCCAUACCUUGCAUCUUCUGAAUAUGGUAUGGGUCAAUAGUUUCAUACUGGUACCUAGACAUUCCAUUCCAUAGUUGUUUUGAAAAUAUUGUUUUGUUCGGAAC